AAAAAAGCUGCACGCUCGACUUGCAAAGUUUUGGUCUUGCUUGCCUGCGCCGUGUGCGCCUUGGCCGCUCCUCUGGACGUGCCCGUCGUCAUCCCUGUUGUCCAGCGGACGGAAGUGAGAGACCUUCAGGGUCAGUUCACCCUUGACUACCUGUCUGGAGAUGGCACGAAAGUAGAGGAGAAGGGCCACCUGGUGCCGAACUCCGACGGAACUGACAACGUCCUCGUCUACGAAGGCACCGUCUCGUACGUCAGCCCUGAAGGCAUCCCCAUCACCCUGUCUUACACCGCCGACGAGACUGGAUUCCACCCCGUUGGAGACCACUUGCCCAGGGUUGCUAUCCCUCACGUCUAAAUUGACAACAACUGCGAGAUGAGACGCUUUU